AUGAAGAUUCUUACAAAGGAAGAGGAGCAAGCUCACUACAACGAGACGCUCAAGGGUGGUGCUGUUGGUGGUACGGUCGGACUAGCUCUCGGCGUUGGAGGAGUCUUCGCAGCCGCAGCACGAUACCCUGCCUUUCGACAAUUGACCCUCCCUCUCCGAGCCUUCUUAUGUACAUCGAGCGCUACAUUUGGCGCAAUCGUAACAGCCGACCGAUUCUCCCGCUCCUUCGAAGCCUCCCGCCACCCCGAUGAAGGCUACCAAGAUGAGGCGGCCCGCAUGCGCGCCGAACAAGAAGCGAAAAAGUCAUCCUUCGAGCGCUUCAUGGAUUUGGGCAAAGAAUACCGCUAUCCCAUCGUCGGCACGUCAUGGGUCUUAGGCAUGGGUAUCGCGCUAGGCGUGGUCGGUCGAUCACCAUAUCUGUCGACGCAGCAGAAAAUAGUGCAGGCUAGGGUGUACGCGCAGACGAUAACGAUAGCGGUGCUGUGCGCUACGGCGGUGUUUGAGGUGGGUGAUAGGGGGAAAGGGGAGGGGAGAUGGGAGACGGUGAAGAUUGUGGAUCCGAAUGAUCCUACGCAUAAGCAUCUUAUCGAUAAAAAGAUUCAUCAUGAGAGAUAUGAAGGGGAGGAUCAGUGGAGAGAUAUGGUUGAGGCAGAGGAAAGGAAGAUGAAAGAGAGGGAAGCGGCAGCGCAUGAGCAGGAGAAGCAGCAUCACAAACAGCAUGCGAAGAAGAAGCCGGAGCACGAGGAGGAGAAGAACAAUGAGAAGAAAGGAGGCGGAGACAAGAAGUGA